CCGGUAAAUCCUGGCUAUGUGCAAAACAGCGAUUCCUGAAUAUAGAAGUCGUGCAGUCAUGGUCGUUGAGUAACACACGGAGUGCUCCAAGCCCCUGUCCUGCAAUGCCUGCGGCUGUACAAAGCUUUGCGUGACGUCAGUUCCCUUAUUAAACAGGGAGUCCUCGUCGCCUGUUCCUGCCCCUCGUGACGUCACGGCAGAGCCGCGUCCUUCUCCUUCAGCCGAGCCCCCACCUGUGUGACCGAGACAGCAGCGAGUCAGUGAGGUGACCGAGGACAGCGGAUACCGGGGGAGAGUGUGGAUCAUCUCGGUUGGGACCAUUUUCCUCAUCAAGUGACUGGCAGUCGCUGGCAUGUCAGAGGGGAGGAAUCAGGACCCCGGACAGUUCAAUGGUGGCGGAGGCAAAGUGCCACCUCGAGGCACUGAGAAAAAAGGCUCUUGGGCCUCAUAUAUGACAAACGUCCCGACCCUGAUUGUCAUGAUUGGGUUGCCUGCUAGAGGGAAGACGUACAUGUCAAAGAAGUUAACCCGAUACCUCAACUGGAUCGGUGUGCCCACAAAAGUGUUUAAUCUAGGCGCAUAUCGUCGGGAAGUGGUCAGAUCCUACAAGUCUUAUGAGUUUUUUCGUCAUGACAAUGCAGAGGCCAUGAGAAUUCGCAAGCAGUGUGCUCUGAUCGCCUUGGAAGAUGUGAAGUUUUAUCUAACAGAGGAAGGAGGCCAGAUUGGUGUUUUUGACGCCACGAAUACCACUCGGGAAAGAAGAGAUCUUAUUUCAGACUUUGCCAAGGAAAAUGCUUUCAAGGUUUUUUUUGUGGAGUCCGAAUGUGAUGACCCAGAAGUAAUUGCUUCUAAUAUCCUGGACGUGAAAGUGUCUAGUCCUGACUAUCCUGAAAGACAUCGUGAGAAUGUCAUGGAUGACUUCCUUAAGAGGAUUGAAUGCUAUAAGGUUACUUACGAGCCACUGGACCCAGAUGCUUAUGACAAGGACCAUUCUCUUAUAAAGGUUAUCAAUGUGGGACAGAGAUUCCUGGUCAACAAGGUGCAGGACUACAUACAAAGUAAAAUUGUCUACUACCUCAUGAACAUUCAUGUACAGCCUCGGACCAUCUACCUGUGCCGACAUGGCGAAAGUGAAUGUAAUCUAGCUGGGAGGAUUGGAGGAGACUCCGGCCUCUCGGCACGAGGAAAACAAUUUGCCAAGGAACUCCGAAAGUUUAUUGAACAGCAGGAAAUUGUGGACCUGAAGGUGUGGACCAGUCAACUGAAGAGAACAAUUCAGACAGCAGAAGCCCUUGGGGUGGCUUAUGAGCAGUGGAAGAUUCUGAAUGAGAUUGAUGCUGGGGUUUGUGAGGAGAUGACUUAUAAGGAGAUUAAGGAAAAAUACCCAGAAGAGUUUUCUCUGAGAGAUCAGGAUAAAUAUCUCUAUCGCUACCCAGGAGGAGAGUCCUAUCAAGAUCUAGUUCAGCGCCUGGAACCUGUCAUAAUGGAAUUGGAACGUCAGGGGAACAUCCUGGUCGUUUGUCACCAAGCUGUCAUGAGGUGUCUUUUGGCUUUCUUCCUGGAUAAAAAUGCAGAUGACUUGCCGUACCUCCGUUGUCCCCUGCACACCGUACUGAAGCUGACACCAGUGGCUUAUGGCUGUAAAGUAGAAAUGAUCAACUUAAAUGUGGAUGCAGUGGACACGCACCGAGAGAAGCCAGCGGGCACCUUUGAUGUGAAUCAAGCACCUAUGCGAAUGAGGCGGAACAGCUUCACUCCUCUGUCCAGUUCUGACACGGUCAGACGACCACGAAACUACAGUGUUGGGAGCCGCCCGCGUGAUCCAGUGGGGACGGAAAGAUUCAGAAUGGCCCCUGAUGGGUCUGACCGCCCGCUGAAACAGCGUUCUCUGGAAACCACCUACAUGGGAGCAGCUGAUACUAAUGGUUGUGAUGCCUUUCAGUCUCUCUCUGCCGCUGUGUAAAUGGCUGAAGAGUCUGCCGAAUGUUCUUCUGUUUCAUCCAUUUAGUCUGUUUCAUGGUUUAUAACUGCUGGGCAUGUCUCUUCCCAUUCAAGAGACCUUUCUCACACACCGCUUUCGUCUUCAAAGCUUAAAAGGGUUCUACUUGUAUACUGUCUAUAGUGUCACCCAGUGUGUGAAGACUGAAGAACGACCUUGGAUAUGGAAUUUCUAAGUAUCUGCAGGAACCAGCUGUGGGACUUGAUGAAUGGCAUCGUAUACCAGCUUGUUCUUUAGCUGACAGAAAACGUCUUCUGCUCUGUGUAAAUGCAGUUGUCUGUCAGGGUAUUAUAAAUCUAUGUAUAGUGGCAACCCCCUUUUCCCCCGGAUCAAGAAAAUAAAUUCACUUGAAAUGGCGAACCUGUUGCCCUUCUUUUCAGCUCCAGAUCAACCAGUUUCCCGGCUCCUCUUCUGCCAUCCAAGAUGGCCAUACUGCUUCUCAGGCUAUUUGAUGCAAACUGCAUAUGGUAGUCUGAGACACUGCCUGCUGCUCUGGGAUUGGCCAGCGUUGCUCACAUGAGUGCUGCUGGCCAAUCCAAGAGCAGGUCUGGACAAGCGGGAAGCAUCUUGGACUACUGAUCCGAUCUUGGAUAGUGGAGAAGGCAUCUGGGAAUCUGCAGCUGUAAAGAUGAGAGAAGGUUACUACCGGUAUGUAAUGGAUUUCUGUUUGUUACCAAGGUAAUGUGAUUUUUUUUAAAUGUAUUUUUUUACCUUGACCAGCAGGAUCGCUUUUACUGGAAAACACAAUUCUUGUGCCAACUGGUGUUAUUGAUACAUAUCUGGCAUUUUAGGGGCUGUUGGGAAAGUUGAAUUUCAGAAUUCACCAUUUAAAGGGAUCCUGCCACCAUAAAAAUGCAGUGUAAUGUGCAAGCAGCGUGUUAUAGAGCAGGAGGAGCUGAGCAGAUUGAUGUAUAGUUUUAUGAGAAAUUAUUCAGCUAAGCUUGUAAAUUAUACAUUUAUAUCUUUGCCCUUGAUAUACUUAGGAGUCCAUUAGGCCAUCUUGUCAGUAGUAGACAGUCUUUCCUCUGUGACUGCAUACAGAAAUAGCUGUCAGUCACUGAAUGGGACCGCCCACUGGACUCCUAAGUACAGAAAGAGCAGAGAUUUCAAUGGACAAGUUACAAUGUAUCUCUUUCCAUAAAACAAAACCUCCAUCUGCUCUAUAACACGCUGCCUGCAGAUUGCAAUGCAUUUCCCUGAUGACGGGAUCUCGGGUGGCAGUGGGCAAUCAUUGCUUGGCAGGAACAUUCUGGAUCCUGUUCUUAGAUUAUUAUCAGUACUAUACAGUCAGAUGAUACAGGGAUGCCAACCAUGUGUAAAUUUGCAGACUGUCCACAACAAAAAAAAAGUUUAGUUCUUUUCCUGCUGUUCAUAGUGUCCUGCAGAACAAAAACUUGUCUGUGAUAUUUUUUUUUUUAUUUGUACUGCACAAUGCAAGGUGUCCCAUCUGGGCAGCGUACACUCUACAGCUCCACCCCGAGGUGUAGUCCAGGGAGAGCACUAGGCAGGGACAUGUGAGGAGGUCUGUGAGACGGAAGAGAAGUGACUGAAGGGGAGGUGACGGGUCUCAUAUGGUGACAGGUGCUGUAUAACCAGUGGGUAGCAGGAUGGGCUCAUUCAUCAAUUCAGCACACUUCUGAGGCACCAGCAGUAUGUUUUUACUUUAACAUUGACAUUCACUUGGUUCAGUCUCUCAUCUUUGUCCCCUAUUGAGGAUUGCCAGCAGUCUGUAAAUUUACAGACUGUCCGCCAAAAGGAGUGCUCCAGCACUGAUGCCAACGUCGCUCCCUGCCAGUCUUUGUUACAUGGCAGCUGCGGUGAUGCCAGUAAGUACAGCACACUGUCACUGCUGCUAUGUAAAAAUAGUCUUGGCGCUGGGGCGACAGGUGAGAAUUGUGGGGAUUUUUUUCAGACACUGCUGGCAGUUUUUUUUUGUUUCAUUUUGGGAUCUUGUGUGACUCAUGGGCAUGAUGCUGGGGUGUCGUCUGCAAAAAGGGGUUACAUUUUUAAAAUAUGAAAAAGCGACAGAGCUAUACAAGGAGUAACGUUUAAAAUUGGGCAAAUAUUCCAGAAAUUUCUUUAGUUAGUGUAAAGCUAGACUCUACUGCAGCCAUACUUAGUAGUGAUAAUCGGGAGCAUGGCCACAUUUUAUUAAAGGGAUCUGUCAGUCAUUGUACUUGACUUCAUGAUUUUGUUUAGUGUCCAUAGAGUGGUAAGCUCCUACUAUGUCAGUGUAAAUUUAGGUAAGUGGUCAAUGUGUAGUUGCAAUAUCUAGUUUGCUUGGCUUGUCCUCCCACAAAUUGCUUAUUGAACCUGAUUCAUACAUUUGUUAACGGGGUUGUCAGAGUACAGUUAUUUUAGUUUACCAAAGUGAUUGGGGGUCUGUUAAAAUAAUUUUAAAGUACCUUCCCAUCCUGCUCUCGCUCCGAUCCAGCACUGCCGCUGUGUCAUAUUUCCAGACAGCAGCCAGUAACAUAUUGUUUGGGUGCAGCCAAUCGCUGACCUCAGUGGUCUUGCAUUGGACACUGCUGAGGCCAGUGACUGGCUUCAGAAUAUCACCGCUGCAAACAAUACAUCAUUGGCUGCAGCCUGGAAACAUGACAGAGCCGGCACAGGUAAGGAGUUUUUAUUAUUUUGCCAGCCCACCC